AUGGGAGCGGGAUCGGCGCAGGGGGCCCGAGGCACAGCGGCAGCGGCGCGCGGGGGGGGGUAUCUCUUCGCCUGGAUCAUAGUCUCGUUUGCCUGUCACCUGACCUCCACCCAAGGAGUUCCUGAAGAUGUGGAUGUCCUCCAGCGGCUGGGCCUCAGUGGGACGAAGGUGGCAGGUGGGCGGAGCCCUGCACCCCUGGGGGUCAUUCCAUUCCAGUUGGGGUUCAUCUUCACACAGCGGGCCCGGCUUCAGGCGCCCACAUCCUCUGUCAUUCCUGCCACCCUGGGCACAGAGCUAGCGCUGGUGCUGAGCCUCUGCUCCCAUCGGGUGAACCAUGCCUUCCUCUUCGCUGUCCGAAGCCGGAAGCACAAGCUGCAACUGGGCGUGCAGUUCCUCCCCGGCAAGACGGUCGUCCACCUGGGACCCCGGCGCUCUGUGGCCUUCGACCUUGAUGUGCAUGAUGGGCGCUGGCACCACCUGGCCCUCGAGCUCCGUGGCCGUACGGUCACCCUGGUGACAGCCUGUGGGCAGCACCGGGUUCCUGUUCCACUGACUUUCCACCGGGACCCAGCGCUCGACCCCGAGGGCACCUUCCUGUUCGGGAAGAUGAGUCUGAGUGCGGUCCAGUUUGAAGGUGCCCUGUGCCAGUUUAGUAUCUACCCUGUGACGCACGUUACCCAUAAUUACUGCACCUAUCUGAGGAAGCAGUGUGGACAGGCUGCCAUGUACCGGCCCCAGCUGGGACCUCUCUUCCCCCGGGACUCUGGUUCCCCCUUCACCUUCCGGACCAAUCUCCCAGUGCUGGGUCUGCAGAACCUGACGACUGUUGCACCAGCUCUGAGGUUGCGGCCAGUAGGCAAGGAGGCCAAGGUGACUGUGGUACCCACCCCACCCACUAAGUCUCUAAAGACUAGUACCAUGGGCCCUCCCCAGCAUGCCACAGCCGGGGGCCCAGCCUGGACCCCACUGCCACCUGCUAAGCUAUUGGCCAGUCACACUAGUCCUCCUAGACCCCUGUCCUCUCUGACCAGCAUGGCCAGAGCUCCCCGCCCUGCAGCACCACCUGCUCAGCUAUCAGGGAAGAGCACAGAUACCCAAGUCCCCAAACGCCUCCCAACUGAGCCUUCUACCCCUUCUCCUUCAGUUGCCCCUGUCAAAACCUCACGUCCCACCCAGAAGGCAGCUCCACCCUCCUUCCCAGUGUCGGCCCCAUCCACUCAGAAGCCAGUGACACCUACUUCCCGCUCACAUCCUGCUGCAGUGAGGUCGUCUCAGAGGAGUCCCCGAAAACCCAGCACCCAGCCCCUACCUGCUGCCAUUCUCUCGUCCAAAAAACUCUUUCCCGCAGUGACUCAGACCAAGGCCAAAAUGACCAGUCACGCCAGUAAGCCAGCCCCUGCCUACACCAGCACACAUAAACCACCCCAGCCCACUGUUUUGUCCUCAUCUGUUCCCAGUCCUGACUCUACCAGGACCCCUGGGCUACCAGCCACAGUGGUGCCUCCAAUGUCAGGCACCAGAACUACCACAACGGUCCCUCCUGCUUCAACCCCCAUGAGAAGCAAGAAGCCCACUGGAUCAGAAGCCACCAAGAAAGCCAGACCCAAGAGCAACCCCCAGGAUCCUGUUCCCUCAAGAUCUGAGAAGACAGCCAGGGAUACCCAGUUGAACAAGCCGAUAACCCAGCCUAGCCCCAGACAGCCCAGUCAGCGGACCACCCCGGCCCCAGCACUGGCCCCAGCUCGAUUCCUGUCAUCCAGCCCUCGGCCCACUAGCAGUGUCUACUCAUUCUUCCAUCUAGUGGGGCCCACAUCUUUCUCCCUGCUGAUGGGGCCUCCAGGACCCAAGGGAGACUGUGGUUUGCCGGGUCCCCCUGGGCUACCCGGGCUACCUGGAACCUCUGGUGCACGAGGGCCUCGGGGUCUUCCUGGGCCUUAUGGAAAUCCAGGUCUCCCAGGUCCCCCUGGAGCCAAAGGACAGAAAGGGGACUCGGGGCUUUCACCAGGAAAGGCCCAUGAUGGGGCAAAGGGCGAUGCGGGCUUAUCAGGGCUCCCUGGGAAUCCAGGACCUCUUGGACGAAAGGGCUUCAAGGGAUAUCCUGGACCGGCGGGGCACCCCGGAGAACAGGGGCGGCCAGGACCUGAGGGCAGCCCAGGGGCCAAAGGUUACCCUGGCAGGCAGGGGCUACCUGGACCAGUAGGAGGCCCAGGCCCCAAAGGCAGCCGGGGUUACAUCGGACUCCCAGGGCUCUUCGGCCUGCCAGGGUCCGACGGAGAGCGAGGUCCACCCGGCGUUCCUGGCAAGAGGGGCAAGAUGGGUAGGCCGGGGUUUCCUGGAGACUUUGGAGAACGAGGCCCUCCUGGACUGGAUGGAAACCCUGGAGAAUUGGGCCUGCCGGGGCCCCCAGGAGUCCCUGGCCUCCUUGGCGACAUGGGAUUGUUGGGUCCAAUUGGUUACCCAGGACCCAAGGGCAUGAAGGGGCUGAUGGGAAACAUGGGGGAACCCGGACUGAAAGGUGAUAAGGGUGAACAAGGGGUUCCAGGUGUGUCAGGAGACCCCGGAUUCCAAGGAGACAAGGGAAGCCAGGGUUUGCCAGGAUUCCCAGGUGCACGGGGGAAGCCAGGGCCUCCAGGCAAAGUUGGAGACAAAGGAUCUCUUGGGUUUCCUGGGCCCCCUGGACCUGAGGGAUUCCCUGGAGAUAUUGGCUCCCCCGGGGACAAUGGCCCAGAAGGCAUGAAGGGUAAGCCUGGAGCUCGAGGCCUGCCGGGACCCCAAGGGCAGCUAGGGUUAGAGGGCGAUGAGGGACCCAUGGGGCCACCAGGGGCACCUGGCUUGGAGGGUCUACUGGGCAGGAAGGGUUUUCCUGGGAAGCCUGGCCCAGAUGGCUUGAAGGGAGAACCAGGGAAUCCUGGGCGUCCUGGGCCCAUGGGCGAGCUGGGUCUGCUGGGCUUCAUUGGUCUGGUCGGGGAACCAGGGAUUGUGGGAGAAAAGGGUGACCGGGGCAUGAUGGGACCCCCAGGCGCUCCCGGACCCAAGGGGUCAAUGGGCCACCCUGGAACUCCAGGUGGUACUGGGACCCCCGGAGAGGCUGGACCCUCGGGCCCUUCAGGAUCUCGAGGCCCACCAGGCAUGAGGGGAGCCAAGGGACACCAGGGCCCCCGUGGACCAGAUGGAACAGCUGGGGAGCCAGGCUCCAGAGGCCUGAAGGGCCCUCCAGGACCACAGGGCAGACCGGGCCAAUCUGGGCAGCAGGGAGCGUCUGGUGACCGAGGGUACGCAGGCCCUCAAGGCUUUCCUGGCAUCCAGGGUCCCUCAGGUCCUCCAGGCACCAAGGGCCUCCCAGGAGAACCGGGCCCUCAGGGUCCACAGGGACCAAUCGGUUCCCCAGGAGAGAUGGGACCCAAGGGGCCGCCAGGGCCAGUGGGAGAACUGGGCCUUCCUGGAGAAGCUGGGAUGAAGGGUGACCUUGGACCCCUGGGUGCCCCUGGUGAGCAGGGCCUUGUUGGGCAGCGGGGAGAGCCAGGCCUGGAGGGUGACAGUGGACCCACAGGGCCUGACGGGUUGAAGGGGGACAGAGGUGACCCAGGGCCUGAUGGUGAACGUGGUGAGAAAGGCCAGGAGGGGCUGAUGGGCGAUGAUGGGCCCCCAGGGCCCCCUGGAAUCACUGGCGUCCGGGGUCCUGAAGGAAAACCAGGCAAGCAAGGAGAGAAGGGCCGGAUAGGAACCAAGGGUGCCAAGGGCUACCAAGGACAGCUGGGUGAGAUGGGCACCCCAGGAGACCCUGGACCCCCUGGCACCCCAGGCCCUAAAGGAUCUCGGGGCAGUCUGGGACCAACGGGUGCUCCCGGACGGAUGGGGCCCCAAGGAGAACCAGGACUGGCUGGUUAUGACGGACACAAAGGCAUUGUGGGACCCCUUGGACCUCCUGGACCAAAAGGUGAAAAGGGGGAGCAGGGUGAUGAUGGCAAGGCUGAGGGGCCCCCUGGACCACCUGGAGAUCGGGGCCCAGUGGGUGAUCGAGGGGACCGUGGAGAAGCGGGUGACCCUGGAUACCCUGGUCAUGAGGGUGUACAAGGCGUCCGUGGAAGACCAGGCCAACAGGGCCGCCCCGGGCAUCCUGGACCCCGGGGGCGGCCGGGACCCAAAGGAUCAAAAGGCGAGGAGGGACCAAAGGGAAAGCAAGGCAAGGCUGGUGUCCCAGGCAGGAGGGGGAUCCAGGGCAUGCAGGGGCUGCCAGGGCCCCGGGGCGUGGUGGGGAGACAGGGCCCCGAGGGCGUUGCUGGACCAGAUGGGCUUCCUGGCAGGGAUGGCCUAGCAGGACAGCAGGGGGAACAGGGAGAUGAUGGGGACCUUGGCCCCAUGGGUCCUACUGGGAAGAGAGGAAAUCCAGGGGUGGCUGGCUUACCUGGAGCACAGGGACCCCCAGGAUUCCAGGGUGAGAAUGGGUUACCCGGGCAGCUGGGUCCUCCUGGCAAGCGAGGGACAGAGGGCGGAACGGGGCUUCCUGGAAACCAGGGAGAGCGUGGAUCCAAAGGCCAGUCGGGUGACUCUGGAGAGAUGGGCUUCCCAGGAAUGGCUGGCCUCUUUGGACCCAAGGGGCCCCCUGGAGACAUUGGCUUCAAAGGCAUCCAGGGUCCUCGGGGUCCGCCUGGCUUGAUGGGAAAGAAAGGAAUCAUCGGGCCCCUUGGGGUCCUGGGACCUUCUGGAAUCCCGGGCCCAAAAGGUGACAGAGGCAGCCGAGGGGACUCGGGAUUACCAGGCCCACAGGGUCCUCCCGGCCCAAGAGGGCGGCCUGGUCCACCGGGUCCUCCAGGGAGCCCUCUUCAGUUUCAACAAGAUAGCCUUGGGGCAGCUUUCCAGCCGUGGAUGGACAGUAACAGAGCCCUUAGAAUGGAGGGUUACAGCCAUGCAGAUCGGCUGGUGCUGGACCAGGGAGGGGAGAUUUUUAAAACCUUACACUACCUCAGCAACCUCAUCCAGAGCAUUAAGACGCCUUUGGGCACCAAAGAGAACCCUGCCCGGGUCUGCCGGGACCUCCUAGACUGUGAGCAGAAGAUGGUGGAUGGUACCUACUGGGUGGAUCCAAACCUUGGUUGCUCAUCUGACACCAUCCAAGUCUCCUGUAACUUCUCGCAUGGUGGACAGACAUGUCUCAAGCCCGUCACGGCCUCGAAGGUCGAGUUUGCGGUCAGCCGGGUCCAGAUGAAUUUUCUGCACCUGCUAAGCUCCGAGGUGACGCAGCAUAUCACCAUCCACUGCUUUAACAUGACCGUGUGGCAGGAGGGUACCGGGCAGAUCCCAGCCAAGCAGGCUGUGCGCUUCCGGGCCUGGAAUGGACAGAUUUUUGAAGCUGGGGGUCAGUUCAGGCCAGAGGUAUCCAUGGAUGGCUGCAAGGUCCAGGAUGGCCGCUGGCAUCAGACACUCUUCACCUUCCGGUCCCAGGAUCCCCAGCAGCUGCCCAUUGUCAGUGUGGACAACCUCCCUCCUGCCUCAUCCGAGAAGCAGUACCGCCUGGAAGUUGGACCUGCGUGCUUCCUCUAA